CAACUCCGACACAGUGCUUAAAUAGAACCCCAAGCAUCUCCGCAGGGACUGACAGAUGCAGCCGAGACUGCGCUGCCAUCGCAGGAUGGAGGGAAAAGCUGGAUGGAGAGAACGACAAGAAAACAAAAGGAAGAGUGCAACCCCACUCUCUGGGGAGGAAAGGGUUAACCCCAUUACGACAAACCAAUCAGAGCAGGGAGCAACACUGCAAAACCGCCGCAGUGAGUGAGAGAGGGAGACUAAGAUAGAGAAGGAACGGACGAGAGAGAGAGAGAUGGGGACAAGCGAAGAUGAGGAGGCGCAACAGAGGGGUGCAACGGCAACACUUCAACGCAUCACAGACUGAAGAGAGCAUGUGGGAUCAAGACAGAGGAAAAGCAGCAAGACAGUGAAGGAAACAGUUAGCAGGACAGUAGAUCAAAGUCAGAGGACAUCUGUUUCACUCCGCUGGCACUGCUGACAGUUUGCAUGGACAGCAUUUGAUUCACGCUCCUCAGGGGGGAAGCAGGUUUACGACGCACUGACAUGCAACGGCUGCAAAAGUGUGUGCAGAAGAUGCACUUGUGGAUCUAAGAUGAUGCUUUGGUGAAGCUGUAGCAACUCUACGUUGUAUGACAGAUGAGAACUCCGGGAGCGCAAAGGAUAAUGCACGUCCCUCCCGCAACGGAGGAAGAAAGCAUCAUGAGUAACGUUACAGUCCUCGACAUCACCGAGUCCGUGAGUCCCGCCAUGACGGCGGCCGGCCCUUACCCUUACCCACUCAGCUUCCAGGUGUCCCUGACCGGAUUCCUCAUGCUGGAGAUUGUCCUGGGAUUGAGCAGCAACCUGACCGUACUGGCCCUCUACUGCAUGAAGUCCAACCUGGUCAAUUCCGUGAGCAACAUCGUCACCAUGAACCUCCACGUGCUGGAUGUGUUGGUGUGUGUUUGCUGCAUCCCUCUGACGAUUGUCGUGUUGAUGCUAUCGCUGCAAGGUGACACGGUGCUCGUCUGCUGCUUCCACGAGGCCUGCGUGUCCUUCGCAAGCGUGGCUACGGCGGCAAACGUGCUAGCCAUCACUUUGGACCGAUACGACAUCUCCGUUAAACCGGCCAAUCGUGUGCUGACUAUGGGACGAGCGGUGGCUCUGUUGGGUUGCAUUUGGGUGCUGUCCUUCUUCAGCUUCUUGGUGCCAUUUAUCGAGGUGGGAUUCUUCGGACUGGAGCCCACAAAAGCCAAUCAGACCGCCGUUGUGCAUGUCAACGAAUAUUACACCGAACUUGGUCUGUACUACCACCUAGUGGCCCAAAUCCCAAUUUUCUGUUUGACUGCCGUCAUCAUGUUAGUCACGUACACCAAGAUCCUGCAGGCGCUCAACAUCCGCAUUGGUACACGCUUCCACGCCACGCAGAAGAAGAAGAAGAUGAGGAGAAAAAAGAACUUCUCCCUUAUGUCAACAUCUGAGCAACAGCUGCCCGAGAUCACGGACGCCUCGCAGAGCAGCAACCGCGGAAACGCUCCGCUCGGCAUGCGCACGUCCGUCUCGGUGAUCAUCGCCCUGCGAAGGGCCGUCAAACGCCACCGGGAGCGGCGUGAGCGCCAAAAGCGCGUUUUCCGCAUGUCGUUGCUCAUCAUCUCCACGUUCCUCCUCUGCUGGACACCCAUCACCGUUUUAAACACUGUGAUCCUCAGCGCAGGCCCCAGCGACCUCACUGUCAAGCUUCGACUGGGUUUUCUGGUCAUGGCCUACGGCACCACGGUCUUCCAUCCUCUCUUGUACGCCUUCACGAGGCAGAAGUUCCAGAAAGUCUUGAAAAGUAAAAUGAAGAAACGGGUGGUUUCCAUCAUCGAGGCGGAUCCGCUGCCGAACAAUGCGGUGAUUCGAAACUCCUGGAUCGAUCCCAAACGGAAUAAGAAAGUGACGUUUAACGAUCACGAAGCCAGGCAGAAAUGUCUAUCAUCCGAAGAUGCAGAUUAAAACCACUUCACGACCU